AUGGACUACUCGUACCUGAACCAAGCCAACUUCGACGGUUUGACCGGCACCACCACGGCCGCGUCCAACAUGGACCACGCGGCCAUGGGAUACGGCGACCUAACCGCGUGCGGCCAAAUGACGCACGCCGCGUACAGGUUCGGUCCCACUGCGUCCAUGGCCGCCAGGUCGUACAACACGGCCAUGGGCCAUCACCUGUCGGCCGCCGCGGCCGCAGCGGCCGUCGCGUCCGGAAACGGCCACAACGGCACCGGCGUCACUUCUGCCGCUGCCGCCGCAGCCGCAGCCGCCGCGCGUGGACACCACCACGGACACCACCAAGACCAUCACCCGGGGCGGCCGACCAUGUUCUCGACCGCAAUGAACUUGCCAGGUGGGUUAGCGGCGUACAAAAGUCUUCCAUAUACCACUCAUGACAGUAUUCUUACGGAAAAAAGGAAACAAAGGAGAAUACGGACUACUUUCACUUCAGCCCAACUGAAGGAAUUGGAAAGAGCUUUUCAGGAAACACAUUACCCUGAUAUAUAUACCAGAGAAGAGAUCGCCAAACACAUAGAGCUUACAGAGGCCAGAGUUCAAGUGUGGUUUCAAAAUCGCCGGGCAAAAUUCCGAAAACAGGAAAGGCUAGCCCAGCAAAAAUCGUCGCAAUCCAGCAGCAGUAGUACGGUAGACGCGACAAGCAUAAAAACUGAGCCGAAACAAUGCGGUCAAUCGAAAGAUGGCAAGCCUGGCACACCGUCCACGCCGGGCAGCAUAUCUUCAAACAACGGUUCAACCGACAUGAAAACGGUCAAUGGAACAGCGAUAAAAAUGUCUGAGCAGUCGGAAGGAGUGAACAACAACAAAUGGCUGUUGGGCCAGGGCCAGAAUUACACGCAGCUCCACCACCAGCUUCAACAACAGUGCGGUGGAGGCAGUGGCGGCGGUGGCGGUGGUGGCGGUGGCGGUAGUGGAGGCGGCGGAAAUGGUUCACCAGGCAACAAUUCGCCAGCUCACAAGAUGAACGGCGGUGGCGGUGGCACACACAAUCACAAUCACCACCAUCACCACCACUCGCCGACGUCGCAUCACCAACAGUUCGCCCACCACCCAUUCAGCUUGUUGGGCGCCGCUGGACCCGCCGGCUACCUGCUCGGUUCCGACUCGCUCAAGGUCACCGGUGGCGGUGCGGGCGGCGGACCAACAGGAUCCAAUCACGUCUUGUUCUGAACUGCGCUGUAUUGAACCGCGGGCAAACUUGGUUACUACAAUAAUAAUAUUAGGUAUAAUAUUAUUAAAUCAUAAUAAUAACAAAAUACACGAGCAAUAGUACACUGAAAUAUCAGAACAAUAGCGGCCACAAUACCUGCCUACAUAUGCACUUGCACUAUUAUCAACAGUUGCAUUUCACCAUUUUGUACAUAAUAAUAUUAUUAUAAUUAAUAUGAUAUACGAAAAUCAUUUAUAUAUUGUAUGCAGUGUUCUUAAUAGAUACUAUAAGCAAAGUAUUGUCUUACGCGUUGUGAGGAUAAACCACGAAGUUUAUAUUAUUGUAUACUUUAAUUUUAAUUUUUUAAUUUAUAUUUUUUUCCUCUCAUCGAAUAAGUAUGAUAAUGUUUCAAGUACGUAUUAAUGGUAUAAUAUGAGGUUUGGUAUAGGUAAUUAUAUAUCUAUAUAAAAUAUAAUAAUAAUAUGAUAGCAGGAAAGGGUACAAUAUCGAAAACCGUUAUAAGUUCUGUAGUGUUAUAUAGUUAUAAGUUCAUGUUAUAAAUAAUUGUAUCCCUCUCCGUGUGGGAUGACUUAAUGGAUCUAGAGGGGGGGGGGUCUAGAACAUCCCCAUAUAUUUCAGAUUAUCUAAUGUGUUUCCAAAGAGAGGUUUUCGUCUGUUUUGGCCGAAAUCGCACUCUUAAUAACUCGAUACCAUUAUUAUACUACUAUUGUAUAAAAUAUUGUGUGAUUGCAUAUUUUCACCACGUGUUUAUAUUUAUUAUAGUUUAUUUGUAGCCCGACUGUUUUCGGUCGGUAUUGUUCAGCGCGACAACCAUUUAUACUAUGUGCGUGUCUAUAUAUUAUAGAUAUAUAGGUAUGAUAUAUUAUAUAUUGUAUAGACACGGGGCGGGUACGUAAUGGCCAACCCCAAAAAGUAUAUAUAAACACGCCCCUCGAAUUUCCUGUUACAUAUAAGUAUAGGAGAAAAAGAGGCACAUCAAAGUGCACUUUGAUGGUCGAUAAUACGCCACCCGCGUCUAGUGUAUCUUUUUGUGGGGUUAAUCGUUCGAGUGUAUAUACAUAUUAUGUAACUGCUGUAACCGCCCCUCCCCCUAGACCGUCUUUUGCAGUGUCACAUUAAGCGAGGGAGUUUCCUCCAGGUCAGAGAAAAAGGCAGUGGCCCCGAGUAUCAAAUUGUUUGGAGGCACCGACAUAUGUUCAAGUAUAUUUUUUUAACAAUAUACGUCUUAUAAAAAUUACUAGAUAACCGGAAUUCAAUGAAAAAAAAAAUGUUUUAAUUUAAAGUUUUUACUUGAUUCGCUUGCGUUUGGGAAGAGAGUAUGAGUAAAUUAAUGAUAACGAAUGGAAACCACCGUCAAAUUGCCACUUGGUUGAAAAAGUCUCUUGUCCGAUCAAGCAGUACCAAUACGAACAGCUUUUUUUAUUGAUCUUUAAAAAACAAAUGUUAUUAGUAUUAAAAAACUUUACAAUAAUAGUAAUAGCCUUACAAUGUCUUAAAUUGAUUAUAUAAUCAAACUUAAAUUAUUUUUUUAACGUUAUUAAAUUGGAUUUUAUAAGUCGGUGUCUCUUAAAAAGUUGGUCAUAAUAUUUGUAGUGUUUUCUGUGUUUGGACCUAAUGUUGAGUCAAUGUUGGAAGAGAUGUCGUGUUUCUGAGGUCAUUGAUACAUCAUAUUACAGGUAGUUAGAGUAAUAUGUUUCACUGUUAGGUUAACAUCACAGAUUUAACACUAGGGUGGUUCCUCCUUCAUUGGAAACGUGUAUAUUAUCCUUGUACGACCCAUCCGGAGAUGGUUAAUAACCUACGAUUUUAUUUAUUUUCUGUUUGAACUGUCACAUUAAAAAACGCGAAAAAACAUGAUCGCACACGUUAAAUACAUCUUAAAGCACCACUGAUGCGUUUAACCACUGUAGUAGUAUAGCAGUAGUAUAGUAGUAAUAGUGUUGCCAAGACGAGAGUGGCGAGAGUGUAGGUAUCGUUGGAUAUUUUUGGAAUUCUUCUUUUUCUUAUUUUUUCCUCAUCUUUUUAUUAAUACUCAAUAUCAUACGGGUACAACGAACCGUGUCGUCAUAUUAUUUUUAUUAAUAUUACUUUUACGAUGUGAUAGGAUUAGGAAACGUCUAAAAAUAGUAAGUACGUACAAAAUAGCCAUGGUAUAAACUACGCGAUAAAGGUGUCCACACAGAUCAUUUUUUGCGGUAUAGCUACUGUGGUGUGUGACGUUUUUCGUAUUAAUUAUCAGUGGUCAUGUUGAAUGAUGUAGAUUUUUGUAGGCCCUGAUCGUUUUUGCGAUACACAUCUGCUACGGCAAUGUUGGUCGAUAAAGUCUUGGUUCAGGCCCGGAUUAUUAGGCAUAAGUAGGUAUUAUAAUAUU